GGCGGGUCCCAGAGCCGCCCUCCCGCCGCCGCGAUGUUCGGGACGCUGAGCCGCCCCUUCGAGGACGACCCCUUCUUCUCCCCACCAGUGUGACCCCGGCGCCAGGCCAGAUGCGUGUCUGUGGCCAGUACAGCUGAGUGCGAGGAGUUGUCAAACCGUGCCCAAAGCCUCCGUCCUUGUAGUGAAUAUGACUCAUUCAUGGCACACCAAGGGAGUAUGAGGCAGAUGAUGAGAAGUUUUCCCAUACCUUUUGGAAGAGACUUUCAUGGCAAUUUUGAUGGUAGAAGAAGAGCUCGUAAUCAGAUGGGACGGGACGAUGGAGAAAGUUACUUUAAUGCAAUGAGUUCUCUUGUGCCCUUUGGCGGUUUUGGUGGUUUGCCUGCAGAUGUCAACCCUUUCCAGGCUAUGGACCGGAUGAUGGCAGACGUGGGAAGGAGUAUACAAGAUCUGCAGAGGAACUUUGGCAAGCUCUCCAUGGACUCAGAUGGACAUUCAUUUAGCUCUUCCUCUGUCAUGACUUACUCCAAAGUCGGAGAUGAACCACCAAAGGUCUUCCAGGCCUCGACGCAGACCAGACGGGCCCCAGGAGGAAUCAAGGAAACUCGGAAAGCGCUCAGAGACUCUGACAGUGGCGUCGAGAAGAUGUCUGUUGGCCACCACCUCCGAGACCGCGCUCAUGUCAUCAAGAAGUCCAAGAACAGCAGGACGGGGGAAGAGGAGGUCAACCAGGAGUUCAUCAAUAUGAGUGAGAGUGAUGCUCUCGCGUUUGACGAUGAGUGGCAGAGCGAGGUGUUGAGGAGCAGACCGGGGAUACAGUACCGCAGUGUCGAGAACGGCCGGCUGCGAAGCAUUCCUCACGAUAACUCGGGAUCCCGAGAACUCAAGAAAAGGGAGAAACCUCAUCUAAGCCUCACCAGUGAAGGGGGAAGAAGAAUGGGUGUUGCUGCUGACAGACUCAACGUCAAAGGGUCAACUGUGAAAAUCAACAAAAAAUAAAGAGCGUUGCCUUAGCUUGGGUUGUUUUCCAGAGAGUACCGGUGCUGGGUGACCCGCAGACCAAGCUCUAGCUGUCAGAACAGUCUCUGGCUCGCAGCUUGCUUCACUUUUACUGAAUGUCCUUGCUAGCCUAGAUUGCCCUUGUUUUAGGAAUAAACUGGUUUCAACAGUGGAAGUGAGUUGCUAAGCUUUCAUAGGACUCUCCUGGCCACUCUCCACCCCAAAGCUCACAUGCUGGUUUUGCUUCCCCGCCGUGUGUUGGCUGUAGUCGUUCCUGUGUUCAGGUUGAACUUAGAGCCUGACUGUUGUUUUGAUUAGCGGCGCAAAUCAAAUGUUCAUUCUCAAAAAGUAGGUUUUUAAUGGUUAAAAAAAGUUCACUUUUUAGUAACACAGAGUGAUAGUAAUAAAGGUCACCAUAACUUAUCUCAGGUUUUACACUGUGUCAUAUGUAGCCCCGGAGCACUGUCAUCCCGUUCAUUGAUUUGCUCGAGUGGGCACCAGUAAUGUCUCCAUGGUGAGACUUGUUACUGUUUUUGGUAUAUUGAAUACACCACUGGGAGCUUGCCGGGCUCUGCCGUGCGGGCAAGACACUCUCGGUAGCUUGCUGGGCUCUCCGAGAGGGACGGAGGAAUUGAACCCAGGUCGGCUGCAUGCAAGGCAAACGUCCUACCCACUAUGCUAUUGCUCCAGCCCACUGCUGGGUGUAGUUCCUAUUAAAAAAUAAAUCAUAUGGCAAGAAAAAUAAUUCUCUAAAACAAUUCAUUUAAAGGGAUAUAAUGAUAGUUCAGAGUGUAGGGUGUUUGCCUUGCACACAGUUGGUCCAGGUUAGAUCCCAGGACCCAGCAUGAUUCCCCAAGCCCACCAGGAGUGAUCCCUAAGCACAGAAUCAAAAGAGCCCUGAGUACCACUGUGUGUGUCCCCCAAAACAAAACAAAAACCGUUUAAAUAAACUUUGUCCCUUUGCAACUGA